UUAAUGUUUGGAGGCAUUACAUGUGGGCUUCCGUGACCCAGUAAAUGAAACUACACCUGACUUAUCAAGAAAAACGGUAUGAUGGAGGGAGUGGCCACUCCAUAUAUAUAACAGUGCAUGUGGGUGGCUGGGGAGUGACAAAGACAAAAGCUUAUAACAAGAAAGACUCUCUGCGCUUACUGAAGGCAAAAUUAAGUGACAGCACAGCAUGGCAGCCUGGACUCUGUUGAUACUCCUGAUGUGUGCCAUCCUCACUGGGCAAGGGUCAAAGGCUCAGGAUUGUGGAAUGGCACCUCUGAACACAAGAAUAGUGGGUGGUGUGAAUGCCACAGCUGGGUCAUGGCCCUGGCAGGUCAGCGUGCACAUCAAUAGGCAACACAUCUGUGGAGGGACCCUCAUCAGUAACCAGUGGGUACUCACAGCAGCCCACUGCAUCAUAACGGACUCUACUCGUAUGUAUCUUCUGUACUUGGGCAGAGAGACUCAGUCUGGCCCUAAUGAUAAUGAGGUGAAUCGCACCGUGUCCCAGAUCAUCCGCCAUCCUGACUACAACAACACCUUGUUUAACAACGACAUUGCCCUAAUGAAGCUCAGCAGCCCUGUCACUUUCACUGACUUCAUCAGACCUGUCUGCCUGGCAAGUAGCACCAGCCAGUUUCACAACUCCACCCCCUGCUGGACCACUGGUUGGGGCAGACUUAGCAAGGAUGUGCCAUUAGCCUUUGACGGCUCCCUGCAGGAGGUUCAAAUUCCUGUCGUUGGACAAAAUCAAUGCAGUUGCAACUACCGCGAUAUACUCACUGAUGAAAUGGUGUGUGCGGGACGAGACAACAAAGGAGCAUGCCAGGGUGACUCCGGAGGACCUUUGCAAUGCAAACAAGGCCCGCGGUGGAUCCAGGCUGGCAUUACCAGUUUUGGAGUACCUUGUGCCCUGCCUGGUUUCCCUGAGGUCUAUGCCCGAGUGUCUGAAUUCCAGAUUUGGAUCACGGCUCAAGUGGCGGGAGCGAAUGUUAGGUUUGUGACAUUCACCUCCAGUGGCACCGAUCCAGACAACAGCUUUGUGUGUUCCAGGUUAAAUGAGACCACAAUAGCUCCAAAUACAACUACCACAACAAAUUCCAUAGCAUCAACCGUUGCAACUGAGCUUACAUUUGUUGUCAGCUUAGUGACGGUGUUCCUGCAGCACACUGUAGAUCCAUAGCACAGUUUUGAGCUAACAACUUCUAAAUUUCUUCUUCUGUUGUGUUGGGUUAUAUUAGUCUUUUAAAUCAGUCUACAAAGAUUAUACUUACACGUAUAACAUCACAAGAUUGUAGCGGAGUUUGUGUGGUGAAAAUGUCACCACCCUGUAGCUUUGGAACAUGGUUUUGUCUCAUGGUUUAAAUUAGGGAUGUCAAUAAUGAACCGUUUAACCGUUAACCGACAUUAAGCAUUUUAACCGAUUAACGCUAUCAGUUAAAACAUUUUUUAAUAAUUAAUUCAAAAGCUGAGUGGCUCAGAGGAGCGGCUCAUCUCUUUAAGGAGAAAAGCUGGUCCAUCUUAACAGCCCACCUUAACAGGCGGAGCUGGAGUUACAGGAUACAGUAAGUUGGCUCAGGUCUCUCCAUGGAUGUAUUAAAAGAACAGUUCCAACUCGCUUGAGCAGAGGAGUUGUAGUUUCGUAGCAUUUAUUCACCGACAAAUAAACUGUACACACACUGCUACACCUACGUUCACAGCUAUAA